GCAAAGCUGGUUUCAUUUUGCUAGAACUAUCUGAGCAGACUUCUUUACAUGAAUUUGCCUCUUUCUUCAGGAUUGGCUUUGAGGAGGACAUACAAGAACUUCCAUGUUGUUCUAAAUUCUGCCAUAGCAGGGCGCUGUCAUGUUACUAAUCUCGAUGAGAUAAGGCUUCUCAAGUAUGUCAACAAGCAUGAUCCUGCUGAUAAGUACCAUAUUCUCCGGCUGUAUGAUUACUUCUACUACCGGGAACAUUUGUUAAUUGUAUGUGAACUUCUCAAGGCAAACUUAUACGAGUUUCAUAAAUUUAAUAAAGAAUCAAGGGGUGAGGUUUAUUUAACAAUGCCAAGAUUACAAUCAAUUACCAUUCAAUGUUUGGAGGCACUUCAAUUUUUGCAUGGUCUUUGUCUUAUACGUUGUGAUCUAAAGCCUGAAAAUAUAUUAGUGAAAAGCUACAGUAGAUGUGAGGUCAAGGUCAUUGAUCUUGGGAGCAGCUAUUUUGGGACAGAUCAUCUAUGUUCUUAUGUUCAAUCCAAGUCGUAUCGUGCACCAGAGGUCCUUUUCCAAAAUGAUUCACCAGCAACAUUACUUGCAAGGGUUAUUGGGAUCAUUUGUCCCAUUGAUCAAGACAUGCUUGCCAAGGAUCCAAGUGUCUUGUUGAGAGGGAAAGCCAUUCCUUUCAUCUGCACAGUGCUUUUGUCCAUUGACAAAAUGCAAUGGUCUUUUCUCGGCAAGGGUCGAGUUGUAUUUAAGUCUAGCAUUAUGAAAUGAUGUGAUCAUGGAAAGCGCAAUGUAUUCUUGGGGUCUCCUUUAUCUCAACAUGAUAUGGUGGAAGGAGGAUUGUAAUCUUAUUGUACAUGAUGUGUGAUAAUUCAAUUUUAUAGCUAUUUUAGUAGCUAUAUUACAACUAGUGAAAGAGCUAGAUAUCCAAUUUUGGUUGGCUUGUAAUGUGAGCUGUGGGUUGUAUGUGUAUCAAAGUUUGGAGCAAGGCAGGCACUUUUGGUGUUUUGAUUUUGCAGCAUGACACAGUUACGAUGGAUAAAGCUUUUACAAAGCU